CACGUUCCUUAACGUCAAAGAAAAUAUGGCGAUUGGUAUUAUCUUCGGUGAUCUGAAAUAGAAUAAGCCUGUAGUGUGUCAAAUUUUAUUUCUCUGUUACUUUGAGAUACGAAAUAUUAUAAAUAUAUUAAACGACUUCAUUUAUAGAAUUGCAGAAUGUCUAGUCGGGAAGGAGGUAAAAAAAAACCAUUGAAGGCACCGAAAAAGGAUUCUAAACAAUUAGAUGACGAAGAUGUAGCUUUUAAACAGAAACAAAAGGAACAACAAAAAGCACUGGCAGAAGCAGCGAAGAAAGCUAGUCAAAAGGGUCCUCUUGUUACUGGCGGCAUCAAGAAAUCUGGCAAAAAGUGAUUGUUUUUUAUUAAAAAGCAUUGUAUACAAAUUUGUCACAGUCACUCUGCAAAAUCUGAUAAUGUUCUUACAGCAAUGUUGUCGUUCACCGAUCGACUUGCUGUACGAAAUAUUUCUACAAUCACAUUUCGCUGCAUCAGUUACUUGUAAAUAAAAUUGAAAAUAGAUACAAAUUGAAUAGAUUAUAAAAAUUCCAUGGAAUACAUAUAAUACUUCGUCGUAUGAAAAAAUACAACUACAAAUUUUCAUUUUAUUGAGUCAAACAAGAGUCAUCCUUUGUGUCGUUGAAGUAAGAUUAAUAUAAUUUUAUAUGUAACAUAAGAUAACAGCAAACAAGUAAGCUCAAAGAAAAGUCUAAGAGGAAAAAACAAUUUUAAAAGCAAUUUAACAGUUCAUCUUAUCGAUGAAUUUUCUACAAACAAAAAGAAAAUUAUCGAAAUAUAUUAAUCUAGUCGUUUUAUAGAGUUGCAUUUAAUAAAAACGAGGACACCUGUA